AUGGCAGCUUUACAUUGCCAAAAGUGCCGCACGCCUCUCAAGGUGGACUCAUCAUUGCAAGAUCUGAACCCUGCAUCUUUCAAGAUCCUCGCAGAUGCAGCGCCAGCACUGGAAGCCAAGGCACCAGACGCGCCACGAUCUGCAGCUGCUAUCGAACGGCGGCAACGUUAUGACGAUGUAUCUCAGACGGCCGGAUCAGCCAUACAUAGGAGGAAUGUCUCGGCCAGUCAGCGAAGCAGUGGCAGAAUGAACCCAGACAUGUCAUAUAUCGAUGUGACUGCAUCACUAAUGGCACCCGAAGGUGUUAUAGAGACACCAUCGAAGACGAAAAAGGCUGCGAAUAAAGCAAGUACCACCAAUGGCGAUGGCGGAGAAGCUCUGUCAAGGCGGAUGGAGACUGUCACGAGACUGUUUGAUAUUCUUUCCGCGCGAUCUGAUAUCGAUCUCCCUAUCUGUUCGGAGUGUACCGAGCUUGUGCUCGACGGCCUGCAGAAGCGCCAGACAGCCGUCAUUCGCGAGCGAGACGCUUACGUCGAAUUCCUGAAGCAAGCACAACAAGAUGUGCCCACGGACGAGGAAGUGGCGAAGACUAGACAAGACCUAGAGACUGCUCGACAGCGUGAGAAGGAAGCACUAGAAGAACUUAUAGCACUCGAAGCUGAGAAAGCUCGGAUGGAGGACGAGAUCGCUCUUCUGGACGCUGAAGCCGAUGCCUUGGACGAGGAGGAGGAAGCAUUCUGGCGCGAGCGUAACACUUUCACCGCAGAACUGACUGCUUUCCAGCAAGAGCGAGAUAGCUUGCAGAGUCAGCUGGCUCACGAUACCAAGCUUUUGGAAAGUUUACAGCGGACUAAUGUCUACAAUGACACAUUUGUGGUUGGCCAUGAUGGAGUAUUUGGCACGAUCAACGGCCUGCGUCUCGGUCGCUUGAACGACCACCCAGUCGAGUGGCCUGAGAUCAAUGCAGCGUUAGGUCAAGCAUUACUGCUCCUCGUAGUCGUCGCGGAGAAGCUGGGCUACAAAUUCAAAGGCUAUACUCUACACCCAGUCGGCUCGACCUCAAGACUAAUCCUCACCGAUCCCGACGCAGUCGCUACAGGUGCAGGUAAAGCCAAGAACACCGUCUUAGACCUCUACAGCAGUGGCAGCUUCGCGUUCGGCAUCACUGCGUUCAUGGGAAGCUUCGAUAAUGCUAUGAUUGCUCUUCUAGAAUGCGUAAGGCAAGUCGGCGAUUACGUUGAGCAGACCACAGCGUCACAAUCCGGUGGCGAGCAGCGAAGGAUGCCAUACGAGAUCCAAACGGGGAAAGAUAUGGGCAAGAUCGGUGGUGUGAAAAUUGGCUUGAAUGGGGUGCAGAAGGAGGAGCAAUGGACAAAGGCUUGCAAGUAUCUGCUUACAUGCUCGCACGCGAGCCAUGUGGCCAACGAAGCAGAUUCGAGAGGUGUUGGGUCGUGA